ACUUCGAAGUUCGACACUUCGGUGAAAUUAUUUUCUCACGCUUGUGGCGUAAAAAUUAUACGGUUACACCUUUCACUUUACCAAAAAAAACAUGUAUUUCUAGUGUAAAACGAGUAAAGGACCGUUGCUAUCCUUGAUCUCUAUUCAUAUGGAUUAUCUUCGUCAAUUUUAAUUCACCUAAUUUGAAUGUUAUGACGCUGUAAAUUAUUGUGUUCGUAAAAAUGGGUUUGGAUUUCGAUGUGCUAGAGUUUUGCAAAAAGUUGCGACAAAAUAGACCGCCGCCUUAUCAAUGUCCGCUAGAGAAAUGCGAUAAAGUGUAUAAAAGUUUGUGUGGUUUACAAUAUCAUUUGGUAAAUUACGAUCAUGACAAUCCAACACCGGCGACUCCUACAGUUACUAAUAACAGAAAAAAAGGGAGAUCAAGAGCAGCAGUACCAACUGGGGAUAUUGCUUUACAAAGUCCACCAAAGGAAGCAUUAACGUUUGCUGAGGCACAAAAAGUAGUACAAUUUGAAAUUGAUGGAAAAAUAAGUAGAUUGCCGAUCGAUCAGCCUGUACCUGUUAUUUCAUUGGAGGAAUGGGAAAAGCGGAAUGCCGAGUUAGAAAAGCCUUUACCAUUUGUGGAACCACCACAAGAACCACAUGUUAAGUUGCCAGAAGCAAGCUUCAGGCUGAUCGAAGAUUACAAUGAGCGUGUUUGUGACGCACCUGCUAGACCGAACGCAUAUAUCCGUUUCAUUGAGAAAUCGGCCGAAGAACUAGAUGGAGAGGUUGAAUAUGAUGUUGAUGAGGAAGAUACAGCCUGGCUCUCCAUUAUCAACAAGAAUCGAGCCAAGCAAGGCCUGCCACCUGUGUCUGUUGAUACCUUGGAACUACUCAUGGAUCGCUUGGAGAAGGAAUCUUACUUUCAAAGCGAGCAUUCUGAGGCAUCCCAAAAUGGUCAGCAAACAGCAGCAACAGUGGAUGAAGACGCAGUAUGUUGCAUAUGCAUGGAUGGAGAGUGUCAAAACACUAAUGUCAUUCUAUUCUGUGACAUGUGCAAUUUGGCUGUGCACCAGGAUUGCUAUGGAGUGCCAUACAUACCAGAGGGCCAGUGGCUCUGCAGAAGAUGCUUACAAUCUCCAUCUAGGCUUGUUAACUGUGUUCUAUGUCCAAACACUGGAGGUGCAUUUAAACAAACGGAUCAAGGGACAUGGGCACACGUGGUGUGCGCGCUUUGGAUUCCUGAAGUUCGAUUCGCGAAUACCGUUUUUUUGGAGCCUAUUGAUUCAAUCGAAACAAUACCGCCAGCGCGUUGGAAGCUACAGUGUAUGGUGUGCAAGCAGAGAGGCGUUGGUGCGUGUAUACAGUGUCACAGGAGCAACUGUUAUUCUGCGUUCCAUGUUACUUGCGCGCAACAGGCUGGGUUAUACAUGAAGAUGGAAGCAGCUGGCACCGGGCGGGAUCCGAGCCAGCCGGUGCAAGUUGCUAAAAUGGCGUACUGCGAUGCGCACACUCCUGCGCAUAUAUUGCAGGAGCGAAAAGCAGCCGAAUCGGAAGGUGACACAAAGUCUGGUGAUUUGUCAGCAAUCAGACAGAAGGGCAGGGAUAAAAUUAAGCAAGCUCGUCGGGUACUAGCACUUAAGCGAACAUGGGCACCCGUAGUGCUAGUGCCCACACUACCAGCUGAGAGAGUGGCUGAGAUAGCGCAACUGGCCCACGGACCGCCCAGCGCACGCGCACAACUAAUGAAGAGACUACUAGCGUAUUGGACACUCAAACGGCACAGUCGGAACGGAGUGCCGUUGUUGAGAAGAUUGCAGAGCUUGACUAGUCAUCAUGGUAGCCGAGGCAUCCAAGAUGGUACGGUGAAUGUUCGAGAACUUUGCAACCAACUCAAAUAUUGGCAGAGAAUUAGACAAGACUUGGAAAGAGCCAGGUUGCUAUGCGAGCUGGUCCGCAAGCGGGAGCGGCUGAAGGCGGAGUACACGCGCGUGUGGGAGCGCUGCGUGCUGCACUCGCUGCGGCCCGACCGCGCCGCGCUGCACAAGCUGCUGCGCCAGCUGCGCCAGCGCGACGCGAGCGACAUAUUCACCGAGCCGGUGGAUCUCAACGAGGUACCUGAUUACAGUACAAUCGUGAAACACCCGAUGGACCUAAGCACGAUGGGCAAGAAAUUGGACAAGGGCCUGUACAAGACCAUAGAUGAUGUGGAAGCUGAUUUCCAGCUCAUGAUCGAAAAUUGUCUCACAUACAAUAACAAGGAUACUGUUUUCUACAAAGCGGGCGUGAAAAUGCGCGAUCAAUGCAGGCCUGCAUUCAGGCAGGCACGGCGCGAUGUACGCGACGCUGGUAUGCUGGCGCUUGCGGGUGACGGUGACGCGGGCGAGUCGCCCGAGCGGCGGCCCAGCCCGCGGCGCAGGCGCAGCUGCGACUCGCGGCGAGCCCGCCACAGCAGCAGCGACAGCGAGCGGACCGCCGAUACCCGCAGUGAACGUGGUGUGUCAGUGGCGCGAAGUGAAAAACGGGCUCCUAGUGCACAGCGAGCAUCCGAGGAUGAUACGCGCGACACGUCCCCAGCAGUGAAGAACAAAGUGAACCGCAACUGGUGGCGUGGGAGGGGAAGGGGAAGGGGCCGACGUGGGAGGAGGGGGAGGGGUCGACCUGCGUUGUCUGCGGCGAGGCACAUACAGGAUAAUGAAACUGCCACAUCAGACUCAGAAACACCGAUAACCAACAAGAAAGCACAAAAAGUGGAGCGGACACAAAAAUUGGUGACACCUGAUAAGUCACCCACUAAAGUGCCAGAGACAACAACACCCAGUCCAGGACUCGGCCUAUUGGGAGGACUCAGAAAACCAACCUUGCUAGUGCCGCCCUCUACCAUCACUACACCGCCUAAGAGCUUUGGUUCUGAUGCAACGUUGCCCACAUUAUCAGCCAGCUUGGGACGUGCCCCCGAACCUCGGAAAAAGGGCCGUGGAAGGCCCCGGAAACAGGACAAAGACAAACCUUCAUCUCCUGAUUUAUUUAGAUCAUCUUUACCCUCAGAUAGCAAGGCGCCAGUGUCGGCGUCUUUCCUGCAAUACCGCGGUCCGCCCGGGGAAGUGGGUUCGGAUAGUGAUUUAGCUUUAUCCAGAUCGUCAAGCAGCAGUUCCGUGUGGUCGCAAUCAUGUUCGUCGUGCACGCACUACGACGAGAACGGCUCGGAUAGAUCGUGUUCCCUCUCUUCUAGUGAUAAUGAAGGGUCAAGCAAUAACGAGGCUGUAGAAGCAAACGUGGACGGUGCGACGGACAGACGCCGGCGGCCCAGACGCGCGCAAACAGCUGAUGUUGAAAAGGAACCCCCUACUACCCCGCAAAAGCAGGGUCGCGGCACAAGGUCGACAACAUCUAAAACGCCCGUGAAAAGUUCAGGCACAGAUGUUCAUCUGGAGCCUUUGCAAUUAGUGUGGGCCAAAUGCAGAGGUUACCCAUGGUACCCAGCUCUUAUAAUAGACCCGAAAAUGCCAAAAGGCUUCGUCUACAACGGCGUACCUCUCCCCGUACCACCGCAAGACGUACUGAAUCUCAAGAAGAAUUACUCCCAUGAGCCAAUCCUAUACCUCGUACUGUUUUUCGACGUGAAGCGUACUUGGCAAUGGCUUCCACCAAAUAAAUUAGAACAAUUAGGCAUAGACAAAGCAGUAGAUCAAGCGAAGUUAGUAGAAUCUAGGAAACCAACAGAUAGAAAGGCAGUAAAGAAAGCUUUUGGGGACGCAAUGCAGUUCAGGAAACAAGUGGAUGGGGAGAAAUGACAAAGGUUCAGAAGGCAGAGGCCGCAACGACAUCGCACCUUCAGCUUUGGCAUGUUCUCCAAUAUGAAGAUCAAAACGCCGGAGUCGAGUGAUAGCAGUGAUUAAUCAGUUAAAUGAGGGUAGAUGGAAAACUGUAUGAAUAAGAGAUGGGAUUCGAAACACUUUUUGCGUCAAGAUUCCUGUUUUAAAUUGUGUGUGAAAAAAUGAUGUUUAGAUAACAAGAUAAUUAUAGAAUGUAGACAACUGAAUAUCAGCGCUGUGAUUUUUAAUUACAGUUUAUGAUGACUAUCUUGAUUUAGUUUUGUCGUUACAGGUUACACAUUACUAUUCUUAUUAUAUUUUUGUGUUACUAUAAAAUUAAUUUGAGAAUUGAGUUCGCUCUUAUUUCUUUUAAUCGCAAUACUUUUCAAUUUAAACUUAUUCAUAUUUCAUACAUUACCAAUAAUAAUAAUCAAUUAGUAAUAAAAUUAAGCAGUAGAAUUUUCAACGUAUAUAAUAUAUUAUUAACAUUACUGGUGAUUAUUAAUAAUUAUUAUAUAAGCAUGAACUAUGUAAAAAUUUUAGAAAAAUGAAAUGUUUUUCCAUUUACCUUCCAAACAUUACAAACUUUCAUAUUAUAAUAUUGAGUGUGUAUUCAGUAUGAUUGUAUUUAAAUAUGUGUGUACAUGUAAAUAAUCAAAGCUUAGCUUGGUAUAUUGAUAAUGUGAGCCAAGAGUCAGCAACAAAUAAAAUGUAGGUUACUUUAGUUCUAUUUUGAAUACUGUUUUUUGAUUUCGAUACAUACUACAUAUUAAGAGUUAUUCCUCUUUUUGACUUUUUUUUACUUUUAAGUAUUGUUUUACAAGACGGUAAAGCAAUAGCAUCAAACCAAUAAUUUUGUUUUAAAUAUUUAACAAAAAAUAUGUCAGUAUCAUAUGCUCGACACCCUAUAUAAUUUUGCUUGUUGUUGGCUCUAUGUGUGUUUUAUAAAUAACUCGUGUACUUUAUAUAAAAUAGUGUAGUUAUUUAUGAAAUAGUCUUAAGUAUCAAUGAAAUUGUUCAUUAUUUGUUUUUUAAUAGUAGCAGCUCUUCAAUGAUAUUUAUUCUGACUCCUAACACUGAUUUGCACUUGAGUUUUUUUAACUUUAAGCAUCAUGCUAUUGAGUGUUUUUCUAGUGUGUUUUUUUUCAUGAAUGUUGUCAAUUUUUUGUGCUUUGCCAUAAUAUACUGUUUAAACGGAUCUGAUUAUGAGCAGAAAUAUAGCUUACACCCAAAGGAAGUAAAUAUAUUUAUAAAUCAUUUUAUAAUCAAAUAUCUUGAGCAGGCUCUUUUAUUACAUUAAAGUAUUUCAUAAAUGUACAAAAUGUUUAUCUUUUAAUCUCUUUUUAUAAAAAUAUCAACGCUUGUGUGAAAUGAAUUGUAGUCGUAUAAUAUACAGACAAAAAUGAUAUGUAUGGGACAAUAAUGGAAUUAAAGAUGUUGAAUAUUA